ACAUUCACUCUGGGUGGCAAAUGGAGAACCACACCUACCCUAAGAACAUGUUCCUCCUGGAGGGGUUAAAGGUCACUCAACAGUCCUCCUACCCUGCCUUCAUCCUUCUCCUCAUCAUCUACAUCUUCACGAUGGUAUCCAACAUCGGCCUCAUACUACUGAUCUCCAUGGAGAGGAGCCUGCAUCAGCCCAUGUACAUCCUCUUCUGCAACCUACCUCUCAAUGACGCUCUUGGAGCCACGGUUAUCAUCCCUCGUUUGCUGAGUGACAUAUUUGUGGCAAGCGCAGAACGCUACAUUAACAACGUUGCGUGUGCCAUCCAAGCAUUUUGCGCCCACAUGUUUGGCACAACAUCACAUACAAUACUGAUUAUCAUGGCCUUUGAUAGAUAUGUGGCCAUCUGCUACCCCCUGCGAUAUGCCACCAUCAUGACCAACAGGAUGAUCGCAAAACUGACUUUUUUUGCCUGGGGGUCUGCCUUUCUGCUUGUGGGGGUCCUCCUGGGCCUCACACUCAGCCUGUCACGAUGCAGAUCUGAAAUCUUCAACCCAUUCUGUGACAAUGCCUCGUUAUUCAAGCUCUCCUGUGAAAGCGUUAUUAUUAACAAUAUCUAUGGACUCACUUUUACCAUCCUACUCCUGGGGUCCUCCAUAGGGAGUGUGACACUAACAUACCUUAAGAUAGCUGUGGUGUGUGUGAGAAACAAAAACAGGGUUCUGAAUAGCAGGGCCUUGCAGACCUGCUCCACACACCUGUCUGUGUACAUCAUCAUGCUGGUGUCCGGUUUCAUCAUCAUCUUUCUCCAUCGCUUCCCUCAGUGGGCCGACCACAGGAAACUGUCAGCCAUUUUGUUUCAUGUGGUUCCUCCUUGGCUCAAUCCUAUUAUAUACGGUCUGCAGACCAAAGAGAUCAGACAGAAAAUCUUCAACAAGUUUCAAAAUAAUAAAGUGACUGUAUGAUGAAUGGUUGUAAGAAAAAAAUAUGUAUUAAUUCUUAUUCUGAUUUCUCUCUCUCUCUCUCUCUCUCUCUCUCUCUCUCUCUCUCUCUCUCUCUCUCUCUCUCUCUCUCUCUCUCUCUCUCUCUCUCUCGUUAUGAAAAGCCAACUGACAUUGGUGUUGAAUUGUUGCACCCUCUAGGCCAUGGGUUCACAUUUUCACUCGGAGGCCCCUUUCCAGCAUUGGGGAACAUCACCCCCCCUGCACAUGUGCACAUGUGCGACAUCUAUUUCUAUGGGCACAGGCACUGUUCAUGACACAAACUGUUCCCACCCCUCUUAUUGGUGGAGAGAAUUUAGCACGUCAAGCUAAUUCACAGAGUAGUCAUGGAUUGUGCAACUUCAAUUGUUUAGUUGAAGUGGAACUGGCAGCAUUUUAUCAACAUGAAUUUUGGGGAAUUACGUAAACUAAAGAAUUUGUAAAAAUUCUAUUUGACUAAUUUUCAAUGGAAAU